AUGAGCAAGCCCAAGGGUAGCAGGAGUAAGAAACCUGAGACCGAAGAGGAUAAGAGUUCCAAACAACCGGUGGCUGAAGAUGUCAAGGUCUGCGAAGGAAUGAAGCUGGUGAUCAUGAGCAGCGCUCUUCAAGAAAAGAAGAAGAAGAAGCAACAGAAAAAGACAACGAAAGAAAAGAACGGAUAUGGGGGUUUAAAUGAUGAUGAUGAUACCACUUCUGUGGUGACCACGGACGCCUCCAUGUGCUGUGUCUAUGACGCUGAGGAUAUGGCCAGUGGCUCCUUACUACUCAAGAAACCAGACGGCAACAUGACAUCCAUGUUGCACACGAGCAGUGACGACGACGAAGAGUCGGAAUGGGAAAACGAUUGUCCCGACCGGCUCUUCCAUUGGAAAGACGAGCAAAAGGACAAACUCGACGACAUCUUCUCACAACGCAAAGCCCAAGCUGUGGUGCGGGAAAUAUCGCUGUCAAAGGACGACGACGAAGACGAAACCAAUGGAGGCAAUUCGGCAGAAUCGGUCAUUUCAGGAGCUAGCUCUCGUGUGAUGAAGCGCAGCCAUUCGGAUCGAUCGUUGGGGUUUCUACGAAGGACGGCCACUCUAGAGACGCAGGAAACAGACAAUCAAAGCCUAAGCUUCCGACGACAACUCACAUCCGAUACUGGUCGCGUUCGCAGAAGUAUUUCGGCGAGAAGCUUGUUGCAGAAUCAUCAUGAUGAUUCGUCAGAGUCUGAAUCAGACGAAGGAAAGGGCGGGGGGCACCGCCAGGCUUUGCUAUUGCAGAGCCGCAAACAAUGGAGCUCCCGUCGCAACCUCCUUGGUAGGAACAAUUCCAGUCAGGCUUUGGAUCAGUUUAUCAAACGGUCCAAUUCGUCCAAAAACCUUAUGAACGAUCGAACCACGACUACAGUGGAAAGCAGCAAACUAUCUGAAAGGAUCUCGCCUACAGGCUUGCCACAGACGAAGGAUGACUCGUCCAACUUGGAGGAUGAUGUUUCAAAUGAUGGUGGAAAUCGCCAAGCACUGUUAUUGCAGAGAAACUCGCGUCGCAACCUCCUCGGGAGGACCCAUUCGAGUCAGGGCUUGGAUCAGUUUUUCAAGCGUUCCGAUUCUUCCCAAAACCUCAUGAAUGAUCGAACCAUGACCACUACAGCGGCAAGCAGCAAACUAUCUGGAAGUAUCUCAGCAAAUGUCUUGUUGCAGCAGAAGGAUGACUCUGGCGACUUGGAGGGCAAUCCUUGCAAUGAUGGUGAAAACCGUCAAGCCCUGCUAUUGCAGAGCCACAAGCAACGGAGCUCGCGUCGUAACCUCCUCGACAGGACCGAUUCCAGUCAGGGUUUGGAUCAGUUUUUCAAACGAUCCAAUUCUUCCAAAGACCUCAUAACCGAUCGAACCGUGGCCACCUCGGCAAGCGGUAAACGAGCCCAUGCUUCUUCCCUUUUUAAAAGGACGUCCUCUGGACAAGGAUUGCAACGCAUGGGUAGCAAGCACAGCAGUGCUGGAUCCGUGGCGUCCUGUCAGACAACAAUGCGAAAGAGUGCUUCGGCACAACGAUUGCGGUCGUCCGAGAAUCAUAAUGACACUCUGAUGAUGAAAAAGAGCCACUCGGCACAGCGAAUUCCACGAUCCUUUCGGUCUGCGGAAAACAUGAAGGAAAUCAAGAGAAGACACUCGGGGCAGGCUCUAUCGCUGAAUGCCAGCUGGACGGGUACUACGCCACCUAGUAGUACAAGCACAAAAAAGAGGAGCCUAAGGAGAAUCAAAUCGGGGGAAGAAAUGAUCCAACCAGAUUGUGUGGUGCGGGGAGACCGCUCCUCGAGGUCGCGAAGAAGCAGCUUGGGAAGGGCUUCGAUGAGCAGCAGCAACUCGAAGGGAGACGACAAUAAAAGUUCUAGGACGCGUACUAGUAAGCAACGAGAAGAAAGCAAGCAUCGGCGAAGCAGUUCUCGUCGACGGGUGGGAUCCAAAAAUGACGAACUGAAAAGAAACAGCAGUCAUUCCCGCCUGAGCAAAUCCAGUUCUAAUUCCAGUAUCAACCAGUUGUCAGACCAGGAAGUCAACCCAAAGGGUCCGACUCUUCGACGAUCUCGCACCCCGGAGCAUGAUGUCAGUCCUCGACUUCGUCGCACCAUUUCUGGUAGAACCUUUGGAAGUAGAAGAGGACCAGGACUCAAGAGAUCGGACACGGGGGAUGUUUCGGAUCGUCUUCUUGGCAGGGGCGAAUGCGGUAGAAGUGCUGGUCAGAAUAAGGGUCCUGAACUGAGAAGGGUUCACACUGCAAAUGACGUCGCAUGUCUGAUCUCCACUCGUGCUGACUCUGAGAAGAAGCUCGACAAGGAAAAUUGGGGAAGCGGUUUCAAAUGCGUUGGUUCCGGUCGCAGAGUCAAUCAGGAAGAUACCAUUCCUGCUGCCGGCAAGCUGAGUCUCUCGUCUUCCAAUACAAAUAUGAGCCGCGAAGAAUCAUCUAGGGAUGGCCUCCGUCGACAUUCUUCUAGCGACAAACUCGGAUGUGAGGUCUUGUUUGGUGAUGGUGUCAAAAAGAGCGACUCCAAUUCUAGCAUGCUGGGGCAGGUAGAAUUCACUGACAACGGAAGCCUCGCCAAGUCUUCUUCUUCAAAUAGGAACUUGAAAACGGAUGUCUCGACUCGUGGUGUUAGGCGAUCAUCUUCUGGCAGGGGUCUCAACCGCAUUGGCUCAAGCAGGAAGGUCCAUAAGGAAGAGUCUUUACAAGGGUUCACUCGGUCUGCUGCAAGCAAGAACAUGAACAAGGAAGGAUCUACUCGUAGUGUCAGGCGAGCUUCUUCUGGCAGAAGCAUUUCGCAGGAGGACUUGUGCCAUGGUCUUACACAGGUUGGUUCUGACAGGAAGAUUAAUCAGGAAGAAUGCACUGGCCUUGGUCGGCCUUCAUCAAGCAGGAAUAUGAACAAGGAAGGCUCUACUUGUAGUGUCAGGCGAGCUUCUUCAGGCAGAAGCAUUUCACGGGAGGACUUGGGUCAGGGUCUCAAUAGGGUUGGCUCCAGACACAAGGUCAGACAAGAACACUCAAGUCGCGGCAGCAAUAGUGUCGCUAGUAGGGCGACUUCUUCUUCUGCGAGCAGAAGACUCCGGCAGGAAGAUCUUGGUCGUGGUCUCAAAAGGGUUGGCUCCGGCAGGAACGUUGGCUUGAAAGGCUCUGGUUCCAGCGUGGCCGGUUCAACUGGUGAUCUCCGAGCAAUGCUGAAGAAUCACCAGGGUCGCGGGCUGCAUCGAUGCAAUAGUGGCAGCAAUCUACUCCAGCGUUCGGGUAGUCGUCGGCGCAUUUGCACGGACAAUGUCAGCGUUGCUCGUAUCUCGGAGAAAUUCUGGGGUGCUGAUCGUUCUGCUCCAAAAGGUAGCGACGUCACUUGCAGUGGAAACAGCGAAAAAGCUGUUCAAGACAAUGCUGGUCAGGACAUUCAUAGGGAGGAAACGGCGAUAAGUAGCGAUGGCGAUCAGGCACAUCCCAAGGGUGACGAGAAAGAAAUCAAACCAGGAGAAGAACCUGAACAACGGAGCCCAGUCACAAGCAAUGAAGAAAUCGUUCAAAACGAAGCUGAAAAGACAGGUGUCGGCGAUUCUGAGCAGCAACCCCAAACCAAUCUCUUCGGGCAGGUGGUCGACAAAGAAACGGAGACCAACGAUGUUUGUGCACAGUCACAUCCCACCGAAACGGACGACAGUACGAAGAAAGAAGCUGGAAAUGAAGACGGGUGUAAAAAGCAACCUUCAGCCGACAACAUUGAUGAUGCAUUGGAGAAAGCAAGCAACAGCGCUGAUGAUGAUCAUCAGCAGUCUAUUCCAGCGGCACACACAAAUGAGGUUGCCCGAAACGAAACGGAAGAAGCUGCUAAUGGAGACGGCGAACGACAGUCCACCAAUGUCUCCGAGAAACUUUCUCAGACAGAACACUAUAAAGGGCAAACGUGUGAACAAUCAGAUCAAAGCACAAUCAACGACGGGGGAAAAGUCGAGGAACCGAAACGGGGCAGCUCGAGUAAGCCCAAGGGCAAAGCUGAAAGCAAAGCCUCAGGUCGCAAAGACAAAGCGUCCUCAGGUGGCAGCGUGCGCCGUGUGAAGUCAGAGCAAGGUUUGAUUGACAUGGACGAUUCCGACAAAGCAGCCAAGUCCUCCGGAACCCGCGUCGCACGCAGUGGAUCCAACCCUACUUUCAAGCGAUACGGAACAAGAUCGAAGUCGACCAGAGGAAGUCGGAGCGCAGGUGGUGAGUCUUCGAGGAGAUCUUCGAAGCGCUCCUCGCAUCGAUCAAGCACCAACGACGGAAGCAAAGACGAAACAAAGAGUCUCUCCAAGCGCAAAGAAGCUUUGCAACACUUGAGCGAUGGAGCGGACCCAAAGCCCCCUGCUGACCGCAGCAGGCGCAGCAGCUCUAGGAGCAAAAUUGGCUCCGACCAACGAUCAUCUUCACGAAGGUCCAAGCGUAGUUCUGUGGAAUCAUCGGGAAAGCGUCGUUCCAAACGGGAUAGCCACAAUGAAGGGGCAAAGGAGUCGACCACUCCAGGUGUUUGUGGUGGCGAACAACCCAGUACGCGAUCACAUGAUUCGAAGAGAUCAACCGAAAAAAAUGAUACCUCCAAAUCAGAACGACUAGCAGAGCUCCGGCUAAAAUGGAAGGAUGCAACGGAUCUAGUUGAUACGUCAUCACCUGGUGAAGGCUAUUUGCAGCAGCAACAGAAAGGAAGUGCGGCGCUAUUGACAUCCAGCUAA